GCAUCCAGGACCUUCCUCCAGGGGGCGCCAUGGAGAACAUCCAUGAACUACAGCAUCCGCUGCUGGCCAAGCCCCCUGGCAAAGCGACUCUGCAGGGUGGGGUGCUGAGCCGGACGGGGACCACAGAACCUUCCGGACUGCUCUCCCGUCACAUACCACCUUACCUCCCCUGGCUGCAGCCGGGCUCCGCUGUCCUUCCCAACCAGCUCCUGGAUCCCAGCAGCCUGCAGAGGACGGUGGAGCCGUACCGUACCCCUGAGCCAACGCUGUACUCUGACCUGUGGAAGCCGAGCAACCUCCAAGGCUGGAAGAAGAAAGAUUAUAUCGAGACGGCGUUCGGGGACAGCAAAGAAGCUGGGGAGUUGCCCAGGAAGGUGGCCCUGGAGAAGGACAUUCACACGGUCUGCUACGACGUGGGCGACACAGAGCUGCCGGACCUGGAGAACGACUCCUCGAGUGACAGCGAGACAGAGAGCGAGAGCAGCUUCUCCAUGCUGCUGCCUCAGGAUUACCUGGGCUUGGCCGUCUUCUCCAUGCUGUGUUGCUUCUGGCCACUAGGCAUUGCUGCCUUUUACCUGUCCCAAAAGACCAACAAGGCCUCAGCCAAGGGGGACUACCCAGGAGCGUGGACGGCUUCCCGCCAGACCUUUGCGCUGGCUGUCUUGUCCAUCAUUCUCGGCAUCUGCACCUACAUCGGUGCCGUGGUGGCCCUCAUUGCCUACUUGUCCAACAAGGCGCCCACCUAG